AAUAAAUAGUGACCGAAGGAGCCGCUUCAGCCGGAGGAACAGAGCCAGUAAUCCCCCCGCACGGACGGUCACGCUCACUGCGGGGCUUCGGAGCCGACGGGCAGCACCAGGUGGAUUAAAUGAUAGCGAAUAAAAAGGCGCUUCAUUUGACUGGAAAUGGGAGCUUUAACAAGCAGGCAGAACAUCGGCGUGGAAGAGGUGGACAUUCCGUCCAGUUCCGUGUACCGUUACCCACCGAAAACCGGAAGUUACUUCGCCAACCAUUUCAUCAUGGGGGGAGAGAAGUUCGACUCCACCCAUCCGGAGGGUUACCUGUUUGGGGAAAACACAGACCUUAAUUUCUUGGGGACCAGACCAGUAGCAUUCCCGUACGCAGCCCCACCACCUCAGGAACCAGUGAAGACAUUACGAAGCCUUAUAAACAUCAGAAAGGACACACUGCGGCUCGUACGGUGCAGCGAGGACCUUAAGUUGCCUGGUGAGGAGACAGCGGGGAAGAACAGGGCAUGCUACAAUGUGGAGUUCACCUUUGACGCGGACACACAAGUCGCCAUCACCAUCUAUUACCAGGCUGUAGAGGAGUUUCACAAUGGAGUACCAGUCUACCUGCCCCAGGACAGCUCUCUGCAGUCAGAGACGGUGCACUUCAAAAGGGGAGUUUGCCAGCAGUUCUGCCUGCCCUCACACACAGUCAACCUCAGCGAAUGGGCUGAUGAUGAGCUGCUCUUUGAUGUGGACAAGGAGAUCUUCCCCAUGGUGGUGCAAGCUGUGGUUGAUGAGGGGGAAGAACAUAUGGGCCACUCUCAUAUACUUCUAGCUACCUUUGAAAAGCAUAUGGACGGGAGCUACUGUGUAAAACCGUUGAAGCAGAAACAAGUGGUCGAUGGAGUAAGCUAUCUACUGCAGGAGAUUUAUGGAAUUGAAAACAAAUACAACAACCAAGAAUCAAAGGUUUCCGAAGAUGAGAUCAGUGACAACAGCGCGGAGUGUGUGGUGUGUUUGUCAGACGUGCGAGACACACUCAUUCUGCCGUGCAGACACUUGUGUCUCUGUAACGCCUGCGCAGACACUCUGCGUUACCAGGCCAACUGCUGCCCCAUCUGCAGAUUGCCAUUCCGAGCUCUGCUACAGAUCCGAGCUAUGAGGAAGAAACUCAGUCCUCUGUCACCUACCACUUUUAACCCGGUCAUCACUUCCCAGACUUCGGACUCAGAAGAACACUCGCAGGUGUCUGAGCACAUCCCUCCAGGGUACGAGGCUGUGUCUCUCCUUGAAGCACUGAAUGGCCCCCUCAGCACCUCCUCAGCAGGACCUCCUCUGCGCUCUGGUCCAAGCCACGUAUCUGGAGUGUUGCCCCCUUACGGCAGCGAGAUCCACCCAGCGCCAGCACGAUCUGUCUCCCCGCUAUAUCAUUCCAACUCCAGUCAGGGACUCAAACUCAAGAAGAGUGGUUCAAAGUCACUUUCCCAAAAUUCCUCUGUGCUUCCUGAGGAAGAGGAUGAGAAGACUUGUAGUGAAUCUGAGGCCUGUUGCCGUAAACUUGCUGUGGAUCAGCAGGAGUGCGGAGUAACUCCAGACAGCGAAAAUCUGACUCUUUCCUCUUCUGGAGCCAUCGACCAGUCACCCUGCACCGGAACCCCACUCUCGUCCACCAUUACCUCUCCUGAAGAACCAGUGAGCAGCAGCCUGGCCCAGUCAGUGAUGUCCAUGGCCUCGUCCCACUCGCAGCACUCCCACAGCAGUACUGACACCAUGUCCUCCAUGUCAGGGUCCUACCUGGCUGGGUCCGAAGGCAGGCCCGCAGGUGACGAGGGGGGAGACGCAGAUGGAGAUGAGAGUCGGGAUGUCCACAUGGAGAGCCGAGAACCUUCCCAGCAAGACGGGGAAUUUUCCCAGCAACACCAGGAAAAAAACUACUCUAUGGCUGUAGAAGAGCAGGACUCAGAGGGAAAUGACGUCACUGAAGAGGACUGCUCCUCCCCUUCUAAUGGGAAAGGUGGGCGGAGCAGGUGUCCAGAGUUGGCCAAUAACAAUCAGGGCGUCGCCCUCUGUGACACGCCCUCUUUGGGCUUGGAUAAUGAGCAGGCUCCCGACAGCCGAUUCGCCGGUCUGAUGUACCUUGGGGGCUACAGACCCAUUUUGGAGCCCCUCCCUCACCGCACCUCCACCACCAAACUGGAGGAGGAGGAAGCAGGCACAGAAAGGAGGGACAGCCAGAGUCCUCAACACCCCUGCCAUGGAUCACUCAUUGUGUAAAACACAUUCACACAAUCGCACACGCACUGAAAGAUGGUCUCCUGGGUCGGCCGUCCUGAUCCCAACAUCAUGCUGCAUCGCCGGAUGCUAGACUCACUGAAGAGAGACGCCCCAGGCCACUUGUCCAAACAUUGUACAACACGUCCUGGAUUAGUCAUGACUGGAGUGGACAGAAAGAGGACGUGUAUAGGGCUGUGUACUUUUAUCUCACAGAAUCUGCUUGUUUAGUGUGUGUCCUGAACUGUCAAUAAGAUUAUCCUGAUUAUUACUUAUUGCCUAUCUAUGGGAGAUACCCGCCCGUCCUUACCAGCCAAACAGUCAGGGGAAACUGUGAUUGGCAAUCGGAUUUAAGUCUAAUACUGUGCUUCUUCUCUGUUACAUAUGUUGAAUAACUGAUAUGGAGAGGAUAAAACUCAGCAUACACCGGACUACCUUACCGAACUGGACUCAACGUGCCGACUCCUGUCGUCAGAUCAGGGAGCUCCAGUCUUAACUUCGCAUGCAGCUUCUCACCUCUGCUGUUUUCUCCCCUUCUGACUCAAGAAAACGUCAUAUGAAUCCAGAUCAGAUUUGCUGAGCCAAUCAGCGGUGUACCCGCCAAAACAUGCAGACUGAAAAAGACCUAAACUGAAUGUAGGCUGAUGAACACAGACCUCCUACGAUUGGACUGGGCAUAGUCACCGGAACUGGAAUUACAUGUGAACUUUCAUUCUGCGCCUCUGUGAACCCAGCGUGCUAAUUCUCCACUGGCAACAUAGUCUUAGCAUGUCAGUAUUAAUACAGUGCAACUGCAAAUCGAGUACCAUCAAGCAAUAAGAUGUCUGUGCUCCAAGAACUCUUAUUCAGACUAUAAAGAUGAGUUGUCUUUGCACUUACCUACUGUGUUCACAUUUUCAGACAUUCCAUUGUGUUCUGGUCUUGCCUCCGCCAGCAAAGUUUGCUUUCAUCCUUAUGUCUGUUGUUUUUUCUUCUAGUAAGACUACUUAAAAGUUGACAGAGUUUCACAGAGUGAGCAGACAAAGGUCUGAUCUGGAAUAGAAACAGUUAAAUUGCAGUGCAGAUCUGACAACUUGCAGCAGAACUGAGGUAAAUUUAUUUUAUUUUUAGAUUGCGGCAACUUAUUACCAUUAAGCUUCCAAAAACAACUGGACUUAUCAUCUACAAAUAAAGACUUCCAGGAAUUACUGAAUGCUGGGAUAUGGAGCAAAACCUUAUUUUAAGGGAUAUUAUAUGUGACAUGACAUGUUGGUCAGCAACUAGUGCUCACUGUAGCAUCAACGACAUCACUCACAUGGUUAGCAUCAACUAUAAUCAGCAUUACUAGGAAUGCUAAUGAUAGCUGUAGCUGGUGUUUUCUUUAACACAGUCUCUUGGUAGUUAAACACGCCAUGGCAGGGUAACAUUGUCCAGUAUAAAUAAUGGUUUGGUCCAAAUUUAGAAAGCUAGUAAUUUCCAAAACCUUUCAUCUUUCAUACUGUAGUAUUCAUUUGAAAGCAGAUCCAGAUGUAUGUAUGUGUAUAUAUGUAUAUUAUGAACACAUUACAUUUUUUGAGGUAGAUCUACAGAACCCGUCAGAGCCAGGAGAAUUUUCUGAACAUUGCCAAAUAGGACGUUUUACAAAAGCAGUGAUGUUCACAAAACAUGGUUGAAAACUGGAAUAAAAUUCUUAUAGAUUCUGAAGUGGAUCUAGAAAAAAUGGGCAGAGACAAAAACUUUUUUUUUUUUGUUACAUUGCAAGAUAGGGCAUUUUGGACCUGAGUGCAGGUAGCGUAUGCACUCUAAUGAGUGCCUUCCUUGAUUUUGUACAUUCAUUUUGCCCUUUUAUGGGGAUUAUUGUGAGACAUAAUGUCAUAAAAUAAAUUUGAAAACCUA